ACCAAAUGAGAAGUUGUUACCUUAGUCUGCAUAAGUUUCAUGAGAUUUCAUUUUCCUCCACUUCCACCACACACAAACACAACUUCAAGUAAUUCUUUCUGCUCUUCUUGUUAUAAUUAUUGAUCCUUUACAGAUAGAUAAGAUCAUAAAUAGGUAUUAGAUUUAGACAGAUUGGAGAAAAGACAUGCUCACUUCUUCUCAUCUUCCUACGCCUUUCCUUCUGUCACCAAUUUCUUUAGACCCUCACAAGGUUUUGGCUAUAAGCAGCAAUCUCAUCCUCUUCUUAUCCCUCAGAUUCAUUUCUCUUCUCACAUCUCGAUCAAAGGGAUAAACUUGCCACCUUUCUCAUCUAAUUUCAGAAGGAAAAAAAGAAGAAAAACUUGGCCUUUGACUCUAACUUUCUGGUUAAUAGUGCUUUCAGAUAUGGGUUUGAGUUCUAAGCAGGUUUCUAAUAGAGGACUUGAUUGGAAGCAGACCUUGUUGCAGGCUCAAAACUUGGAGCUUCCAAAGCCUCCACCUAUGAGGAAACAACAGCAACAAACGCAGCAACCAGAGCCUUUGAAGUGUCCAAGAUGUGACUCUAUUAACACCAAAUUUUGUUACUACAACAACUACAACAAGGCUCAGCCUCGCCAUUUCUGCAGAGCUUGCAAGAGGCACUGGACUAAAGGUGGAACUCUACGCAAUGUUCCUGUCGGCGGUGGCAGGAAGAAUAAGCGAGCCAAGAAAUCAACCACUCAAACCACAACCACAGCCACAGCCACCACUUCUAUUAGUACCACCACCUCAAAUGCCAACAUGGAUGGUGAGUUGAGUACUCGCAUCAAAGUUCCUCCUCUUGCAGUGGAUGAUCAUCACAAAACCAUACCUUCCUCUCUCUAUCUUCCACAGCAGAAUCUGAUGAGUUCCAAAGACUCCGAAGACAAAGACUUUGGUAUUGGUAAUGGCAUCUUUCUGAGUUCGACUGCGCCUUAUCCUCAAAACCAAGGCCUUCUCUUCCCCUUCACAACAUCGAACUCUUUUGACACGAACACGUGUGCAAUAUCAACCUCUUUGCGAUCCUCCAGUGUGUAUAACUAUGGUGAAGAGUUUAAAAUAAUGGAGGAGCCAACCAUCAACAGUGUUAUGCCCGGCACCAACACUCAGCCAUGGGAGAUAGCUGCAACAAGUUCUGGCUUGGAAAUGUCUAACUAUUGGAGUUGGGAGGACAUCGAUUCGUUGGUCUCAACUGAUCUUAAUGUUCCUUGGGAUGAUUCUGAUAUCAAACCCUGACAAAAGAAAAGAAAACAGUAACCCAUGUCCAUAGAUUAGUUAUUUUAGUUUUGGUGUUUUGUGUUUCAUACGGAUUAGUAAGUGUUCUUGUUUUCAGAUGGAUCUUAUUAUCCACUGGUUUUUCUACACCUAUAAGUCUUGCAAAGAAAAGUAUUUGGAGCUGUCUUAUUUUAGUUUCAGCUUCAGAUUCAAGCAAGGGGGUCCGAUUAACUGUAACCCAAUGAGUUUGCCUGUUCAUCUCUCUAUCAUUUCCUGUAAUAAAAUGUUACGUUAAUGUCUGCAAGUA